AUGCAAUCAGUUCAGAGUAAAGCGACUCCAAUUCUUUACCAAUCAAUAUCGGCCUUUCGAUCAAUGCGAAGGGAACUUCAACCUUCCAUAAAGAUUGGUUUUGUCCCCACAAUGGGUGCACUGCAUGAUGGGCACCUAUCGCUUGUCCGUGAGGCCAGAAAGCACAAUGAUAUCGUCGUUGCCUCCAUAUUUGUGAAUCCUACUCAAUUUGGACCUAAUGAAGACUUCGACAAGUAUCCCAGACGACUUGAAAAGGAUUCAGAGCUAUUAGCAGAAUAUGGGGUAGACCAUUUAUUUGCUCCUAAAAUUGAUGAUAUGUAUGGCAAAAACCAUGUCACAAAAGUUGAUCCUCAAGGAUUUGAUGAUACUGCAGAGGGGCGAUCACGGCCAGGUCAUUUUUCUGGAGUUGCCACCAUCGUCACCAAGCUGUUCAAUAUUGUUAAACCAACAAACGCUUACUUUGGUCAGAAAGAUGCUGCUCAGUGUGUCCUAAUCAAAAGAGUCGUAGAAGAUCUAGACAUGGACUUGAAUGUUGUUGUAAUGGAUACAAUCCGAGAAGACGAUGGGCUCGCCAUGUCCAGCCGGAAUGCCUAUCUCAAGCCAGACGAGAGAGCAGGUGCCCCAGUGAUCUAUCGUUCCCUAAGCGCAGCAAAGGCACUAUUUAAAGAGAAGAAGACCAUUGAAAGCGCAGCACUGAUUAAUGUCGUCAGAAAAGGGCUGGAGAGUGAACCACUGGUGUCUGAAAUCCAGUACAUUACCGUGGACAGCAAAGCAACAAUGCAACCUUUAGAAACUGUGGACGAAGCAGGCGCAAUCAUAUCAAUUGCAUGCAAGGUUGGAUCGGUACGCCUCAUAGAUAAUGCUGUACUAUAA